AUGGUUGCUACUUCAACAAAGAUGACCCUCAACGAGCACCGAUGCCGCGACCUGGAGGAGGCCACCGACGAGGACGUCCAAGUGUACCGAGACGCACAGUAUCCGCAAACCCGAACGGCCAGGUGCUUUUACGACUGCAUGUACCAGUACUACGGCAUCUCGGACGGGCACCGGUUCUGCAGGGAGACGUUUCUUAACAGGGUCCUGGACCGGUCGCAGCCGGAGCAGGCUCAGCAGUAUGUUCGGAAAGCCGCCGACCGUUGUGAGAGACUCGAACGCGGCGACCGGUGCGAGCUGGCAGCCGAUAUUCACAGCUGCAUCAAUGAUGAGGAGUAUUUGGUUUGA